AUGCGUUCCGUCACAUUGAAGGAUGUUGAACAGGACAAGGUCGUCAAGACCGUAGCUGCCCAUCUGAAGAAGACGGGUAAGGUCAAGGUGCCAGAACACAUGGAUCUGGUGAAGACUGGUCGUUUCAAGGAGCUGGCUCCCUACGACCCCGACUGGUUCUAUGUCAGGUGUGCUGCCAUCCUCCGCCACAUCUACAUCCGCUCCCCUGUUGGAGUCAAGACUGUCACCAAAAUCUUCGGUGGUCGCAAACGUAAUGGAGUCACACCCUCACACUUCUGCAGGUCAUCAGGCAGCAUUGCCCGCAAAGCCCUCCAAGCCCUCGAAGCACUAAAAAUGGUUGAAAAGGUUCAAGAUGGUGGUCGCAUUCUCACUGUUCAGGGCAGACGUGACCUGGACAGAAUUGCCGCGCAGGUCCGCCUAAAGGCUAAGCAGGCCGCCAAGCAGCAAGUCAUCGUUCUGUAA